AUGGAGAGAGUCAACGAGAGAAGCGAAGAAAAACAAGAGACUUCAAUAGAUGUCAAUGCAAAUGCUUUCCUAGUUGCGGAUAAUUCCAGUUUGAUGAUUCAAGUAAAUCCGUCUCACGACAAUAUUUAUAAAACAAAUCUAAUAUUGUUAAUGGGAGCCCACCCGCCUUUAUUUCCAGCCUAUUCCCGGGAACAAAUCGUCAUAAAACAGAUUUUAGAGCCAUUGGAAAUCAAGCCAUGGAGAUUCGUGUCACCCAUCAAAACAUUUUGA